AUGGCGUUCGCCGAACUCCUGGAUCAAGUAGGGGGCAUGGGACGCUUUCAAGGGCUCAACGUGGCCCUGUUGUGCUUCCCGAUGCUCCUGAUGGCAGCUCACAACCUGUUGCAGAAUUUUACCGCUGCGGUUCCCGAGCAUCACUGCCGAGUCGCCUUGAACAAGGCGUGCGCCAAUGGGAACGCCACGGGAAAUCGAGAUUGUCAGGCGCUCUUGAGGGUGUUCGUACCGCAGGAUGGGGCCUGGAGGCCAGAAAAGUGUUGGCGUUUUGUCACCCCCCAAUGGCAGCUGUUGGAGUUUAAUUCAACGGGACGGGAGCCAACGGAGGCCGAGCAGGAACCGUGUCUGGAUGGGUGGACCUAUGAAGGGUCGGUCUUCACAUCCACCAUUGUAACCGAGUGGGACUUGGUGUGCAAUUUCCGGAGCCUCCAGCAGCUGGCUCAGUCUAUCUACAUGGCCGGUGUGCUGGUGGGUGGCAUCAUCUUCGGGGGCCUCUCUGACAAAAGUUCCAAGCACCCGGCAGUUUUGAAAGCUAAUCUCCAGACGGAUAAUUCCUCAAACAACGCCAAGUUCCCGGUGGCUGAUUUGGUGUGCACGGCAUCUCUGCGCCGAAUCACCGUGUGCCUUUGCUUCGUCUGGUUCUCCACCAGCUUUGCCUAUUAUGGUCUGGCGAUGGACCUGCAGAAUUUUGGCGUCAGCGUCUACCUUAUCCAGGUGAUAUUCGGUGCGGUAGACAUUCCUGCAAAGUUGGUGGCUUUCCUUGUGAUCUCCUAUUCCGGCCGUCGGAUCGCUCAGGCGUUGAGCCUCAUCUUAGCUGGGCUGUCCAUCGGGGGAAACAUCUUUGUGUCCCAUGAUAUGCAGAUUCUGAGGACCGUCUUUGCUGUCUUUGGGAAAGGAUGUCUAGGCGCAUCUUUCAACUGUGUCUUCUUAUACACCGGAGAACUCUACCCUACAGUGAUCAGGCAAACCGGAAUGGGCUUUGGAAACACCAUGGCCCGUGUCGGAGGGAUUGUGGCCCCUCUGGUGAGGAUGACCGGCGAGUAUCUUCCAUCCCUUCCCCUUGUCAUCUAUGCCACGGCCCCCAUCAUCUCUGGGAUGGCUGCCUGUUUCCUGCCCGAGACUUUAAAUGUGCCGCUACCAGAUACCAUAGAAGACGUGGAGACCAGGUCAGUUGUAAUAGGGACUCGCUGGUCCUUGUUUGUUGGGAACACGGAGGGAGAAAAGCGAGAAAACGGCAGAAAAGACCAGGUUUGUCAUCCAGGCGCAGUUCUGCUGGAUAUGACAGAAAUCAAAGAGACAGAAAAAGAUCCCAGGCUACCAGAAAACCUGCGAAACACAGAAGGAGUUAAAACGGAAGCUUGCUCUGACAUCCCCAAAGGAGCCAUCACGAUUUCCAAUGCAUUAUGA